CAACAUGGCUGCUGCAAUGGCGGAGCAGGAGGGCUCCAAAGGUAGUGCCCGAAACCGGGGCGGGGUGCAGCGGGUGGAAGGAAAGCUGCGAGCCAGCGUGGAGAAGGGCGACUACUACGAGGCUCACCAGAUGUACAGAACACUUUUUUUCAGGUAUAUGUCACAGAGCAAGCACAUAGAAGCCAGAGAAUUAAUGUAUUCCGGUGCUCUCCUGUUCUUCAGCCAUAGUCAACGAAACAGUGCUGCUGAUCUGUCCAUGCUUGUCUUGGAAUCUCUGGAAAAGCAUGAAGUGAAGGUGACCGAGGAGCUCUUAGAAAAUCUGGCCAAAUUGUUUAGCUUGAUGGAUCCAAACUCUCCUGAAAGAGUUGCUUUUGUCUCCCGAGCUUUGAAGUGGUCUACCGGAGGAUCUGGCAAAUUCGGUGACCCAAAACUACAUCAGUUUUUAGCUAUAACAUUGUGGAAAGAACAAAACUAUUAUGAGUCCCGUUAUCACUUUCUGCACUCGUCCGAUGGGGAAGGCUGUGCAAAUAUGCUGGUGGAAUAUUCCUCAAGCAGAGGAUACCGGAGUGAAGUGGACAUGUUUGUGGUACAGGCAGUCUUGCAAUUUCUGUGCUUAAAGAACAAAACAAGUGCAUCGGUGGUCUUCACAACGUAUACACAGAAACAUCCGUCAAUAGAAAGAGGCCCUCCAUUUGUGCAACCCCUAUUAAACUUCAUUUGGUUCUUACUGCUGGCUGUAGAAGGAGGGAAGUUAACUGUAUUUACGGUGUUGUGUGAGCAGUAUCAACCUUCUUUAAAGAGAGAUCCUAUGUAUAAUGAGUAUCUGGAUAGGAUAGGACAGCUUUUCUUUGGUCUACCUCCUAAACAGUCAUCGUCUUAUGGGGGGUUAUUGGGUAACCUACUGAAUAGCCUAAUGGGCUCCGGGGAAGACGACGAUGUGGAAGACGGCCAAGAAGACAGCAGUCCCAUUGAACUGGACUGAGGAAGAGACAGUGAGUGAACCAACAGGAGCUGCAUGAUUAAAAACAGGAGCUCAGAAGACCAAUUCUAUGAUUUGCAUAUUUGAAGGGUUGUUUUGUAAGCAGCUGUGAUCAGCUGUUAGUUUCUCUCUGAUGGAGACCUUUGGUCUGAGUACAUCAUGUUAAAGAGCUAGAGCGGAAUAAUCCCGUGCAUACUGAACAUGUGUCCCCUCGAGCCUUUGCAAAUGGCGUGUGCGUUUUACUGUGAAGCACAUGGUUUUCCUAACAUGUCAAAGCCAAGCAGAUCAAUAUAGAAAAUCCCUUCACUUUAGGAAUUCGGCGUCUCGUUCCAUUAUCUUCUUUGUCACUUUUUGGUGAAUGAGGAUUUUUAGAUGUCCGUCCUUUAGGUACACGCCCAUAUUAUCACUGCCACGCCUCCCACAGGUAACAAACUUCUCCCUGCGCUUCUCCCCUGUUCUGCAGCUCCCACUAUCAUCCAGCAGGUAGAAGGAUGGGAGUUGUAGUUCAGUAGGAAACAUUCAAAUAAUUCUGUUUGAUGUUUCGACAAGUAUUUUCUUUUGCUGUUGUCACUGCAAGCUCGCUGGGAUCCAGUGUGAGUGUGUUCACGUGCGAGUGGUACUUUUGUUUCUCCGACACAAAAUCAAGACAAACUACACCGAGAAGAUUAUUUAAAUACAACGGACAUUCUUUUAAUACUUUGCAAUAUUUAUUACCGGUGAGGUGAUUUUUGUACAUUUAAUCCCCAUUCGUUUCUUUACCAUGUCACAGUGGCAAGGAGACGGAAUAUUUUAUGUAUUAGAUGAUUCAUUUAGCAGCGCCUGCUGAUGCCAAGCGGCAGUUAUGAUUUAAGAAUUAUGGGAUAAAAAAUUUUUUUUUUUUUUUUACUUUCUCCUUGGAAAAAAAUCCAGCAAAGAGGUGCAUGGGGACUGGUAGCAAACUUAUAUUCACUGUAAUAUUCAUGGAUGUGAGGAGGUAUUCUGCUUGUAGUAAGGCUCAAAUAAAUACUUUUGAUCAGGUGA